AUGCCGGCGUUUACUCUCUAUGGCUCUCGCGGAUCGACCAACACCGAUCGUGUCCGCCUGACUCUCGCCGAAGGUGGCUUUACCGACUACGACCUCGUUCUUCUCAACCUUCAGAAAGGGGAGCAAAAGUCCAAAGAACACGUGCAACGACAUCCAUGGGGUAAAAUACCCGCACUAACUUCCGCCGAUGGCUUCACUCUUUAUGAAAGUCGCGCAAUCUGCAAAUACCUUGCAACAAAGUAUUCAUUUCCCCUUCUGCCCUCCGCCUCCGACGUCGAAGCCGCGGCGCUGUUCGACCAGGCACAGUCCGUCGAAAUGCUCUACUUCGCGGAUCCAGCCGGCAGAAUCGCCUUCGAGAAAUUUGCCAAACGCUUCAUGGGGCUACCCGCCGACGACGCCGUCGUCGAAGCCGCACUGAAGUCGGUGGAGGCGUUUUUCGACGUGGCAGAACGUCUGUUGCAGAACAAAGAGUACAUGGCUGGAAAUGUCUUCACUCUCGUUGAUAUCUACUACAUUCCGCUGAUCCAACGACUUUUCGCGUGCGGCUACGGAGAUGUCAUCAUCAGUCGCGGAGCUGUUCGUGCGUGGUGGGAUCGCUGCGUGAACCGGCCAGCCAUACAGAAGUUGUUGGCCGCUGAUAAGGAGGCUGCGGCUGCGGCUGCGGCUGCGGCUGCUGCUAGUAAAUAG